GUUCCGUAAACUUUGCUGCUAUUUCCGCCCUCAGUCAGUAUGGCCGUAACAAGGUGACUACAGCAGCUCUGUCUUCUGCCCGUGUGUUAGUGCAGCAAGGUUUUGCCCUGGAAACAUCUUGCAUAUGAUGAUCACUGAGAAGAAAAUGAAUGAGCGGAUCCUGGAUCACGCCCUGGAGAUCAUCUACCUGCUGACGGGAGAGGUGUCAGCGUUACGACAUCUGACUAAAUCGCUGAUACUGAACUCUGACAAGAAAAUGACCAAGAGAAUCAUACAUCACAGCCUGCAGAUCAUCUCGCUGUUGACGGGAGAGGUAGCUAUAAAGUGCGAUGAUGUUGCUGUGUAUUUCACUAUGGAGGAGUGGGAUUAUAUAGAGGGGCACAAGGAAAUGUACAAAGACGUGAUCAAUAAAUGUCAUCAGACAUUAAGGACUUUAGAGUUCCCAGCAUGCAAGCGCUCAGGUGAUGAAGCUGAUGUAUGUGUACGGCGUCAGCAGAAGGCUCUGAAGCAGGAAACAUUUGACCUUAUCAGCACAUCAGGGUCGCUAUUAUUUCUGACAACUCUUUUGAAUUGGGAGAUUGGCAGCGCCUGCUUUAGAGCCGGAGGGUGA